AAUCCUGAAGAGUUAUGUCGCCCCGACCGUAAAGUCCACUGUUGAUAUGUUUUCAUCUGCCUCAUUCGUCCACUGGAAAGAUGAGGGGAAAAAAAUGGAAGAGCAGCCAGCAGAAUAAAAUAUCUAGAGCAUCAAUUCACUUUUGUAGUUGAUGCUGUUUAUUUGUGCUUAAUCCAGUUCAGCCCCUAUACUUAUAACUACGUCAUUCAUAAGGAUUCACCUCAAUGUAGGUCUGAAGAGAUAUCAGUAGCGCGUUAGUUUGCAGCAGUGAGAGAUCGCUAUUUUAAAAUUGUCGAUUGAAAAUGAGAGGGCUCAAUAAUUUAUGAAUAAGAGAGAAAAAUAGGGGGAUUGAAGAUGAAUCCAUCUGAAUCGCAGCAAGAUUUGUUGGAGAAUGAAGCAAGAGCACCGUCACUACAAUCACUUAAUCCACCGGUUGAGUACACACUUGGCCCCGUUGAGAAGCAUUUUUUACUCAGUGCAGAACGCGGUGAUUGUGCAACCGUCAAAAGACUUCUCGAGGAACACAAGGGCCAUCCUGAGAUACUCAAUAUAAACUGCGUGGACCCGUUGAAUCGAUCUGCUCUCAUUGCUGCUAUUGAAAAUGAAAAUAUCGAGUUGAUAACAAUUUUAUUGGAGCUUGGUAUUGCUGUCAAUGACGCGCUGUUGCAUGCAAUCAAAGAGGAGUACGUUGAAGCUGUGGAGAUGCUUCUGGAUUGGGAAGAAAAAAUUCACGAGCCCGGAAAGCCUUAUAGUUGGGAAUUCAGUGACUCGUCCUCCUCGAAUUUUACUCCUGACAUAACGCCAUUGAUUUUAGCAGCUCACAAAAAUAAUUAUGAAAUACUGAAGAUCCUUCUUGAUCGGGGAGCAACACUGCCAAGUCCCCAUGAUGGCAGAUGUGGCUGCGAUGAGUGUGUUACAUCCAGUGAGAAGGAUUCUCUACGCCAUUCGCAUUCUCGUAUAAAUGCUUAUCGUGCCCUUACAUCACCCUCUCUCAUAGCUCUGUCAUCGCGCGAUCCGUUAUUGACAGCUUUCGAAUUAUCAUGGGAAUUGCGACGGUUGAGUCGGAUGGAGCAGGAAUUUAGAUUUGAGUACAAUGAAUUGAAGGAACAGUGUCAGGAAUUCGCAACAUCUCUACUAGAUCAUGCUCGCACCUCUCAUGAACUUGAACUGAUGCUGAACUACAAUCCCACUGGUGAAAAUUGGGAGCCGGGGGAAAGGCAAACCUUGGAUAGACUCAAACUCGCUAUUAAGUACAAACAAAAACAAUUUGUGGCUCAUCCCAAUGUCCAACAGCUACUUGGGGCUAUUUGGUACGAUGGUCUACCUGGUUUUCGUCGGCUCAGCAUGAUUGGACAACUCGUGAAAGUCGCAAAACUCGGCGCAAUGUUUCCAGUUUAUAGUACUAUUUAUAUGCUGUCACCUACCUCCAAAAUGGGUCUCUUCAUGAAGAAACCCUUUGUCAAGUUCAUUUGUCACUCCUCCUCUUACGCCUUCUUCCUAAUGCUCUUGGGGAUGGCCUCGCAAAGAGUUGAAUAUCUUGCGAUUGAGUUGUUUGGUAAUGCCUGGAUGAGGGAAAUAUUGGAAGGAUGGAAGAAACAUGAAAGAGGAUGCAUUCCAGGAUUCGUUGAGAGCGGUGUCAUGAUUUAUGUGAUAAGUUUAAUAACCGGCGAAAUACGAUCAUUAUGGAGUGAUGGUAUGCUAGAGUACAUUUCAGAUUUAUGGAAUAUUGUCGAUUUCAUUCAGAACAUGUUCUACGUCAUUUGGAUAACCCUCAGGAUGACAGCCUGGUACACAGUUCAGAGAGAGUAUUGGAGUGGAGAAAAUCCGUGGUACCCCAGAGAUCAGUGGGACGCUUUUGAUCCAAUGCUCCUGUCUGAGGGUGCAUUUGCUGCUGGCAUGAUAUUCAGUUUUUUAAAACUCGUUCACAUAUUCAGUGUUAAUCCCCAUUUGGGACCACUUCAGAUAUCAUUAGGGCGGAUGAUUAUCGAUAUUAUUAAAUUUUUCUUCAUCUACACACUGGUUUUAUUCGCGUUUGGAUGUGGAAUGAAUCAACUCAUGUGGUAUUACGCUGAUCUUGAGAAGUCCAAGUGCUAUCAUCUACCAACUGGCCUACCCGAUUUCGAUAAUCAGGAGAAGGCCUGUUCGAUAUGGCGACGUUUUGCUAAUUUGUUCGAAACAUCUCAAUCGCUGUUCUGGGCGAGCUUUGGGAUGAUUGACCUGAUGUCCUUCGACUUGACUGGGAUAAAGAGCUUCACGAGAUUCUGGGCGUUGUUGAUGUUCGGUUCCUACUCGGUUAUCAAUGUCAUUGUUCUCCUGAACAUGCUCAUCGCUAUGAUGUCCAAUUCAUAUCAGAUAAUUUCGGAACGAUCAGACACUGAAUGGAAAUUUGCCAGAAGUCAUCUGUGGAUGAGUUACUUCGAAGAUGGGGAUACGGUACCGCCCCCCUUCAAUAUGAUCCCAACGGCCAAGACAUUUAAUAAAAUAAUUCGAUGUGGAAAUACUGGACGGCCGACCAAGUCUCUCAUUAAAAAAUCCCGUGAAAAGGCGAGAGAUCGUCAUGAAACUGUCAUGCGAUUGUUGGUCCGUCGAUAUGUAACGGCUGAGCAGCGAAAACGAGAUGAUUUUGGCAUAACUGAGGACGAUGUAAUGGAAAUUCGUCAGGACAUAUCAACGCUGCGUUAUGAAUUGAUUGACAUUCUCCGGCAAAAUGGUAUGCGAACACCGGCAAUGGAGAAAUCCGAAGUGUCCGGGAAGAAGGGGCGCGUGAUGGAGCGUCGUCUUCAGAAGGACUUCCAAAUUGGCAUAGUCGAAGGAAUCGUAAACGCGGUGAUUCAAAGUGAAAAAGAACCGAAGGAUGUUUUCAGUCAAUUGGCAAAGGCAAUUGGCCGACGCUCGAGUUCUAAUACUAAGAAAGAUUGGAAUGCUGUCGUUCGACAAAAUACUAUUCCAACCGAUCCAAUCGGCAGUAAAAGUGAAGCUGCCAUUCGACAGACCCGAAGAAGUCUUCGCCGACAGCAGCAAAUGCAACCGGACUCGGACUUGGCUUCACUCGAUCCAAAUCGAUUGGUCGAGUAUAAUCCAAAUUUGAUGGAUGUCACACCGACCACUAGAGUGGCAUAUGCCAAAUUUAUAAUGGGCAAGAUGAAUAAACAAACUGACACACCAGUGAAGUCUGGCGAUGAUGAGACCACAGGUGCUCCUGAAUCAGGAAAUGAGACAGCAACAAAACCAGCUGUUCCAUCGAGGUCAAGUGUCAAAAUCAACGUGACAGAUGCACUAGCUCGUGCACCCUCGUUAAGCUCUACGACGAGUGAAUCUAUAAAACGUGGAGUCUUGAAAAAAUCAAUCUCCACACAUAGCCAGGACAAAGGAGAAAGAAUCAUUCCAUCUCCGAUACCCGAGGAUCCUGAGGAUGACAGUAACAAUCCAGAAGUCACUCCGAGGGAGAUGAAAGAUGGCGAUGUAAAUGUCAAUGCAGAAAAGAAACCGACUGUUGUACUGAAAACGGAGAAUGAGAAGGAAGAACCACCACCGCCAAAAGUCGAUGUGAAAAAAGAUGUUGUGACAAAACAACAGUCCGAUUCACCGGAGACAAAACCUCGGGGAAAGUCAAAAGCAACUGGUCGUGUUAUGGGUGGAUGGAUAUAACUGUACUUUGGGUUCGUUUACUUCCAGCAAUUAUUCUCAAUACUGUAUGGCUGUAGUUCAUAUAUACAAUAACAUUCAUUUUUGAAAAGUCAAUAAAUAAUACAUAAAUACAAUAA